GUGGGGGAAUGAUAAAGUAUGUGUACUCCUUUAUGCAGAUGACGUAGUUGUUAUGAGUGAAUGGCAGAUGAGCUUCAAAGUUUGUUGGAUGUAGUGGAUGGCUAUGGUAAAGACUUUGGAGUAAGGUUUAGCAGUGAGAAAAGCAAAGUAAUGAUUGUGAAUAGAUCAGAGGAUGAAAGUAAUGUGGUAUGGAGACUUGGAGAGAAUGAGUUGAGACAGGUGCAAGAAUACAAGUACUUAGGGAUGUGGAUGAGUCCUAGUGGGUGUGCAAAGGCAAAGAAUGAAAAGAUAAGUAUGCUAAACCAGUGGGUAGGUCGAUUGGGAAGCGCGGCAAGGAUGAGAGCAAGUAAGUAUGAUGUGUUGAGAGAAGUGUGGAAGAGUGUGGCUGUGCCAUGUAUAAUGUAUGGUAUGGAUGUGAUUGCAUGGAAUGAAAGUGAAAUUGAUAAGUUAGAAGUGGGCCAGAAUAGAGUAGCAAGGAUGGCACUGAGUGCACCGAGGGGCACAGCAGUUGAAGCCUUGAGAGGUGACAUCGGAUGGCGCACCUUUAGGGAAAGACUCACAAAAGCCACACAAGAUUAGGCUUGAGAGAAUGGAUGAUGCAAGAAUAGCAAGGAAGGUGUACCUGUGGAAUGAAAGUGGAAGCAAAUGGAGGAAGAGAUGCAUGAGAAUGACAGACAGGAGUGGAUUGCAAGUUGUGUGGGCGAUAAGAAUGGCUGGUAGGAAUGAAAAUGAGCGUGAAUGGGUGGUAACAAGAGGAGGCAGAGUGGGAGCCGAAUGGGAUAUGAGAAAAUGAAAGAAUGAGAUAGACAAAGAAGUGAAAUGUGUGGGACUGAAUGAAUGGAAGAAUGAGAUGGAAAGAAAGAAGACCCUGGAAUGGUACAAGGAGAAAGAGGCCCCGAGGUAUGAAAGGUGGUAUGAUGGAAGCCUGGGCGGUGAUCUUCUCUUCCGAGCGAGGGCACAGUGUAUGGAUGUGAAUGCGAGGAGUUACAGGUGGUCUGAGUCCCUGUGCCAGAUGUGUGACAUGGGAGAGGAUGAGACGGUGGAACAUGUGGUGCUGGAGUGUGUGAAGUAUGCCAGAGACAGGAAUGAGAUGAUGCAAGUGAUACUGACUGAGUUAGGGCAUGAUAGGAAUGAAAUAGUGGAGAAGACAGGAAAGGAAUGGAUGGUGUUGUUGCUGGGACUGUGUAGAGAGGCCAAUGAAAGGAGUUGUCGAUCCAAAGGCCUGACUCAGGAGUGAUCCUGUGCCACCUGUACCAUAAAGAUCAAGAUCAAGACAACAGUUCCCACGUGUUUACUUCUACCAUUGCCUAGAAGUCUUGUUCUUUUCGCAAAUUUCCUAAGUAAUUCCCCACCCCGGAGGCCGCCCCCAGUACCCCAGUUCCCUGCAUCCAUGGUUGACCCGUGUGGCUCCUCUCUGGUGGUGAAAGCAAGUGACGGCAAGAUGGUGAUGGUGACCCUGCCCAACCCCCUCCAGGAAAACUUGGAGGGGGUGACUGAGGGAGGGGCAGGGUGUGGGUCAGGGGCAGAAGGUGACGUGCCAGAGUGACGUCACGUUCCCCCAAAUGCAGGCCGGCAAGUUUGCUGACGUCACCAGUCGUCAGUGCACGGCGGGUGCUGCAAGGGGAACUGGAGGAGGUGGACCUGUUCAGCACCUCAUCCCUCCCUGCCCUCUCCCCUGACAGGAGCAUGCCAGACCCAGGGGUGCCCAAGGAAACGACAAGGGGCACUACCUCUAUGCAGACAAAACCUAACCAACCAGCUUAACCUGAGUCGCCCCUGGAACCGCCCCACCACAGAGGAGGAGGAGGAGGAGGAGGAGGAGGAGGAGGAGACAGUCAUGGAUGAAGGGACGUCACAGAUCAUGCACAUUUGCUUCCAUAUUGGCUCCUGUAUUGCUGAGUCAUUAGAGAGCCUUAAAAGAAGACAGUCAGAUUUAUGGAUGGGGAUGACAGGUGAAAAUAGACAGGUGUUUUUUGUACAGGGACUUCCACGUGGAUAGAGGAUCAACCUGCCAACCAAGUUGCGGUGGAAACUGGCGUACAGCUGUGCCUGAGCCUGCCGUGGACGCAUUCCCAGCCGACUUCUACCAGAACAGCUCGGACAUGGCUGGCCAGGACAACCACCACAACACAGACAUGCAUGCACCUGAUAUGGACAUGAAAAUGGAGGGACAGGAGUCCCAUGUGAUGGUGUCCGACAGUGACGCCUCAGUGCAGGAGGGGGAACAGCAGGCAGAGACCCGCAAGCGCCCCUGGGAGAAGCCUGGAGUGGCAAGUGUGUUGCAACCUUUCAAUUAAUGUGUGGUGGCAGGCAUCAAGGUCAACAGAAAGAAGGUGCCAGGAGCCAAGAACCUCAAGGUCCGCAGGUACGUGCAGCCCAAGAAUGCCAUCGUGUGCCUGAAUGAGCUGCAGCCGGGCGUCACCUACACCAUGGAACAGGAGGGAGGCGUUUGCCAGCCAUUUUGCAUAUCUGUGGAGGUACCUGGUGCGGUUGACGGGCAGAAGUACCGAGGGUUUGGGUCUUCAAAGCAGCUGGCCAAGCAGGCAGCAGCUGAGGCGGCGCUGAUCGGCUUCUUGAAGCCGCCCGUCACCACACCAGAGAACCAGGAGGAAGACAAGACCCCCUGGGCCACCCUGGGGCCGACGGGCUGGCUCAGGAAGGCUUUCAUACCUGCAAUGUCAGAGCUACUCAGUCCUUAACACACUGCUACUUAACACUGCAGAGCUGUGGGUCCCACCACCACCUACUGCCCUGCACUGCUGCAGUCUGGCUAGUCAAGGCUCAUGUGGGGCAUUCAGCCCUCUUAUAUUUUAAGGCUCAAUUUAGAAAACUCUAAAAUCUCCAAUAUCAACAUUCUAACAAAUCAUCAGUGAAAUUAACAUUAACACAAUCUGUAACUGCCAUGAGGCCACGGAGGAGUGUGGGGCCUCCCCACACUCCUCCGUCUCUCCCUCCCUCCCUCCCUGGCGUGCACAAUCCUCACCAGGGGGGAUGGCGGCCCCACAGCGGCCGUCAAGGAGGAGAGUCUCCAGGCAGCUGCCUUCACGGAGGCCAUCUGUGCCCACCUGGGAGGCCGUGCCCCCAAUAAACACCCCGGCUGUGGAUCCCAAGUUAACCGAGCCAAUGAAAGCAGAAUCAAACUUUCCAUUCCAGUCAACUGAACCUGUGAAAGUUCCCAAUCCGGCCAAGCGGGUCCCAGAAGGUGCGGCGUCCAUGCACCCCGUGAUGGUGCUGCACCAGAUGAAGCCUGGCCUGCUGUACAACACUAACAAGACCACCAGGGAUAACAAGUCUUUCUUCACCGUCACCGCCGACAUCGAUGGCAAGGAGUUCUCAGGCAAGGGGACAAAUGUGAAGAAAGCCAAGUUCUUCCUGGCCAACACAGCAAUACUGGGACUGUACGGGGUAGAAUCCACCUUUGAGAUCUCCGCUUAAUGGAAGUAGUAUCUGCCUGGGUACUGGCGGCGGUGUGCGGGGCAGGCGGUCCCUCGCACACGUGGCUGUAGAGUCUGCUACGCGAUAAUGACAAAGUAGAUAGGUAGCUACAUAGUAUUUUAACCUGAAGUCCUGUCUGUGAGUGUUGUCUUGUAUGUUGCUGCUUGCUGAAGGCAGGGAAUGUAGUGAACUGGAGGGGCAGGGCCUGAGUGGCUUACAAAACUCCUGUGGAAGGGAAGUGAUGGUCUGUGCUAAAUGUUGCAGUCUGACGAGUGACGUGGAAUUCAAUUUUUCCACGUGUAAAUUCUUCCAGUCCAGUGUUUACCUUUAUUUUGUUCCAGCUCUGUUACUUAGUGCCAGAGUUAGAAGACUGACAUUUAACGGAAUUCUUAUCUAUGAUUUUGACGUACUUUCUUUUCCUAUUUAUUUACUUAGCCCGUGAAGUGUGGGUGCUCCUUGUAAAUGGUCGGUGCUGAGCCUGCCAUGAAUGCAAAUCAAAUGCAGCUGAUUGUGAAAGACAGGCACAGGAGAAGGGGUCAGUCACUCAUUCCUGCUUGUGUCAGAUCACUCAUCUAGUGUUCUGCUGUGGAGUGGAGUGGGUGAUGAGAGGGCUGUGGUGAUGGGACAGUGACAGACAAGCCCUACUUACUGAAAACAAAAGUGUGCGAACUCAUCACAUCAACACUUAUUUAGCUUCCUGACAAAAAUGGCAUCCAGUUUCAGAUGUUUAAGGUAUUUAACUCAUCUAUUUAUUUAAAGGUACCCACUCUUUAUGGGUUAAAUGAAAGCUGUACUCUAGUUUAGCAGUCAGUCUCACCACUUGGUUUAAUGUGAGCAGGUAAGGAAGCCCUAGAACCUGGCCGUUGGUUAGGUUCUGGUGACUUCUGGCUGGAAUCUCAGUACCUUAAUUUCUCUUCUGGUUGAAACUUUCUCCUCAAACACAACUGGCUGGAGCUGAGUCCUGGGAUGGUCAGCUGUUUAAAUAUUACUACACAAAAUGUUAUGAGUUUGAAUACAUAAUGAAAAUUUCUUGAAUGUGUAUGUAUGUAAAGGUUAUAAAAGCAAGUAUUUUUUUCUUUUUCAAUUUUUGUAUAUAAUUGAGGUUAAGAUGAAUUUGAAACAUUGAUUGCAAUUUAUCAAGCUGGUGUUGGUUUUGGUUUUGAAGGAAGUGUAAGUGCAAGAGGUAUGAAUUUGAAACAUUGAUUGCAAUUUAUCAAGCUGGUGUUUUUGGUUUUGAAGGAACUGUAAUUGUGCAAGAGGUAAUCAUUUGAUCAGAGUGGAAUUAAUGAAGCAGUUUACCACACCAGUAUUGUCAUUCCUGCUACCUGUGUGUCCACCUUACCUCUCACACCCUGACGUUUGCCUCAACGCCUUCAUUUAUCACCAAUGCAGUUAGGUAAAUUAUCACUUAUUACUAUUUUCUCAUAUGAAUUCAGAAACACUGUCAGCUUAUCAAAUAGUGUAUCUGUUAAUAUAACCUUUUGUAGGCAACUUGUCCUGUAACCACCUAUGAUAUUUUAGGCUCAUUUUUGUACCAGCCUCUUCAACAGUUCUAUAGCUUAUGGAAAACUAAAUUAACUUCCUAUUCUCUCAUUUCCUCUGUCCAUACCAGCAGUUCUCAUAGUACUCUCAAUGUUGAAGGAUGAUAGCAGUCCAAGGGCAGAGCUAGUGAGUUCCAGACCCAGCAGAACAUGACUGGUUCCAGAGCAUUCCUAAAAAAAAAGAAAAAAAAAAAAAACUAAGCUAUGGGUGUACACACUUACCCAGGGGCCCUGAGAAUACUCUAGAGAGUGUACUUAAGUGUAUAUGGGUGUACACACAUACCCAGGGGCCCUGAGAAUACUCUAGAGAGUUAACUUAAGUGUAUGUCAUGUUUUAAAAAAUUUGUCACCUGUUAUGUAAGGACAGCAUAAGUGAAGUAUUGUUUGCAUGUACAUCUUGUUUAUCUAGAGCAGAAGGAUUAAAGUUGAGUGCAGUAUUUCAAUGGGCACAGUUGUGAUGCAUUGUGCCAAGGGUGGUGUACUAGCUAGGAUGCACAGGAGGGGGGUGAGAAGAUGCCUGAUGCUGCAAGUGUUGGGAGGACCUGAUGGAAUGGAUAGCUUGGCUCUUAGUGAUGUACCUUCAUUAUGUUGUGCUGUUGAGGUCAGAAGUCACGUCACGAGCUGCAUUUUCCUCUACCCAGCUGUGCGUUUCAAGUCCAAGAACCUGCUGAGAAUCUGACAAAACCUGAGUGAUUUUCAGAUCAGGGGAAGGAAGAACCGAAUACAGAGAGUAAAUGAAGAGCACUGACUCGAUUUCUGACCAUGACUGUAUGUACUCUCCCAUAGCAUUACAUUGUAUACUGAAAUGGGUUUGCCUGGUUGAACACGUAGCACCGUACCACAACCAUUACACUCCGCCAUGACUGAGUCUGUCCAUGCUAGUCCUCAAAGUAUUGUGUUUUUAAGCUAAUUUGCACUAUUGUUAUGGAAAGUCCUAACCUCUCAGGCAUAGUGUGUAGUUUGGGGACACUUGGUUCAUUCUACAUGGCAUGCUACUGAAAAACUGAAGUAAACAUGGAAAUUUUAAACCAGGGUGGUGUUCCUUGCCUCUGUUGGUGGUGUUGGAGUGGCCUGUGGAGUCAAAGUUGGUGUAGUCAUGUAAAGUCCUGCACUAUCUCUUGUCUGUGUGGUGUGCAGAUGAAUGGAUAAGGAAAGGUGUGGUAAUAGUGGGGAUCAGCACCUUGGCAGCAGGAUUUGGUUAUAUUAAAUGUUACGUGAAGAAAUGGAAGUGAAAUAAAGGAAAUUAGAUCAUGUUAGGUCAAGCAUUGUCACAGUUAAAGUGAAGAGAGAAAAUUCCUUUGUUUUUCCAGGUAUUUAAAGACAGGUGCAUAGAUACUCCUGGGAAUGAAAGGAAAAAUUGAGAAAUGGAGGAGGAGAAAAACCAAGUCAAUUGCUUUUUUUUUUAUUUUUAUGUAUGAGUGACACUGGCCAAGGGCAACAAAAAUCCAAUAAAAAAAAUAUGGCCACUGAAAUGGCAGUCCCAUAAAAGGGUCAAAGCAGUGGUCAAAAAUUGAUGAAUAAGUGUGUUGAAACCUCCCUCUUGAAGGAAUUCAAGUCAUAGGAAGGUGGAAAUACAGAAGCAGGCAGGGAGUUCCAGAGUUUACCAGCGGUGCCCGCUUUGUGUAUUAUGUACAUUCAUGUAUAUUUUUUUCUUUUGUGCAAUAUUUAUAUAUGUAUAUGUUGACAUAAUACUCAAUAAACCUUUAAUAAUAAGUGUCAA